AUGGCGACACUGUCGGAAGUCAUCUCGACGUUGAAGAAAAUGGCGCCGCUGUCCCUGGCAGAGUCUUGGGACAAUGUCGGUUUGUUGGUGGAACCGGACGUCCAGAAAUCUGUCAGCCGCGUUUUCCUCACCAACGAUCUGACCGAGGACGUGCUGGAGGAAGCCGUGAGCGUCGACGCCAAUCUCAUCGUUUCCUACCAUCCACCGGUGUUCGCUCCGUUUAAAAGAAUUACUUCGGACGCCUGGAAGAGUCGUAUCAUAAGUCGUUGUCUUGGCCGAGGAAUCGCUGUAUAUUCCCCUCAUACUUCGUGGGAUGCUGUAGAAAAUGGUUUAACCGAUUGGUUGAUAAGUUGUUUUGACGGUACGGUGUCUACAAUACAACCGCUAAAUAUAAAUCCAGAAUUUAGUCACGUCGUGACUUUAUCGGCAACUCUGAGCGAUAAUACUCUUUUGGGCGGAAAAGAAAUCAGAACCAUUGUAGAAUCAUCAGACUUUCAAGCCGACAAACACUUCAAAGUUGUAGGUUAUAACGAUUCUCAACUUCAACUGUUAUGCAAUUCGAGUUCUUUAGUGACGCUGAAUAAAGUUGCCAAGUUUUCAAAAUACAACCUUUUUUUUUACGCCAACAAAAAUGAAUCGUUGCCGUCGAGUUCUACGGGCUCCGGCCGUUGUUGUCAAUUUAGAAACGGACUGACGAUCAAUGCUGCCAUUGAAAAGAUCAAACGUCAUUUGGGCGUCGACAAUUUAAUGAUAGCGCUGGCCAGAGGAUCGACAUUAGGUAUAUUACAAUAUGAUUCAAUGAUUUUAUACUUAAAUAAAUCUAUUAACUAUCUAUUAAUCUAA